AUGAAGGCUUUGUGCAAGCCGCUUCGCUGCUUGUCGUUCUUUGGAGGGCGAAAGCCGCCGGAUCAGUACACUGCUGUGGAAGGGCAGCAUUUGUCGAAAGCCGUUGAUAUGGAUGAUGAAGAUGAGGAUGAUUUCUUCGGGGAUUCCUGGGGAGAGGGAGGCGCAAGUUCCAGCGCAUCUCAGACAAAGGAGGCUGAGGCGCAGCGGAGUGGGGUGGAGCGAAAUCCAACCAGAGAAACGACAACCAAGCGGCCAGCUCCAGGCGUUGCGUCGCAGGCGCCAAAACUUGCUGCCAAGAAGCAGGAGGCCGACUUUUUCAACGAGUUGGGUAUGGAACCAGAGUAUAGAGCACCAAGGAUUCUUGAAAAGGAGCCCGGGCCAGGCCCGAAAGGCUCCUCUGUGAGCUCCUUGCUGGAUGAAACCGCUGAGGUCUCCUCCGCAGCUUGGGGCGAUGACUUGGAGCUUUGA